CUAUCGCUGCUGAGACAGCGGAGCUCCGAGUGUCUGCUGUUCCUAUAUUUGAUAAGAGAACACCAUCUACGCAUCAGCUGGGAAACGAGAAAAAAGGCAAAACUAAUAAUAAUAAUAACCAAAAGAAAAACCGAGCGCUGCGUGAGUGUGCUGUGAAUUACAGAGCGUCUUGGUUUGGCACGUCCGCCACGAGAACAGUCCACUGGGACAGGGACAAGAGGUCAGGCAGUGGAUCUGGGAGAAUGCCUUUCUCACAGGAGUACCGAGCGAUUUUCUUCCUGUCGCUGUUGGCUUUACACAGCGGUAAUGACGGGAUGCAGGGCUGCAUAGAUAAGCACAGGGUGAUGGGUGUGCUUCACCAGAUGGAAAAAUUUUUAAAGGGACAGGAGAUCCGGUUUACAGAGGGGCUCAGAAUUAUGAAGUCCAAGCUUACUAGCCUUCAGAAUUCUGUGUCCAAGUUUCCACAAGCAGACCAGUCUUCACCCACAUCCACUUGUUCUGCUCUGGAAGCUCCAACUCAUGGGAAGAAGUUUGGCUCCAAGUACCUAAUUGGACAUGAAGUGCACUUUACAUGUUCUCCAGGUUAUCAUUUGGUGGGCUCGGCAACCCGAGUGUGCCAGGAGAAUGGCAGCUGGAGUGGAGUCCGUGCACUCUGUAAAGGUUCACAUCAGUGUUCUAGUAACCCAUGCCUGAACGGUGGUACCUGUGCUGAGGGGGACAACCAGUACAAGUGCACUUGUCCUCACAACUGGAGUGGGAGCCGCUGUCAGCAGCAGACUCAAAAAGCCCCUCCAGAGUGGAGUGUGGUGAAUAAUCCGGAAUUUAGCCGCAAACCUCGUUGCUCUAAAGUGGACCAAAGUUAUCAAUGCAGUUGUGAGGCUGGCUUCCAUAUGAGCGGCACCUCUUACAGCAGCAUCUGCCAGGAUGUGAACGAGUGUGAGGUGUACAAAACUGGCAGUGGAUUACUCUGUGCUCACAUGUGCGUGAACAUUCCAGGCUCGUACCGCUGCUCCUGCCCCAGUGGUUACAAGCUGCUUGCAGAUGGCAGGAGCUGUGAGGAUGUGGAUGAGUGUCUUACACAACAGCACAACUGCAGCCGUGGCACCACCUGUGUCAACACCGGAGGAGGUUUCCAGUGUGUAAAUCCACAGUGCCCAUACUUGCACGGAAAUAUCAGCUAUAUCAAGACGUCACCUCUUCAAUGUGAGAGGAAGCCCUGCUCCAUGACGAGCCGCACUUGUCACAUGGCCCCUAAAACAGUUUCGUAUCACUAUUUGUCUCUGCCUUCGAACCUGUCAACCCCAGCUACAUUGUUCCGCAUGGCCACAGCGACUGCUCCUGGCCGACCAGGACCCGACAGCCUGCGCUUUAGCAUCGUGGAGGAUGGAGACGCUCGAGGCAUGUUUGUCAUGCAGCGCUCAGACCGGCAGACCGGUGAGCUGAUCCUGGUUCAACCGCUGCUUGGACCACAGGAGCUCAGUGUGGAUGUGGAAAUGGCUGAGUACAUGGAUCGCACCUUCCAGACUAAACACCUCGCACGGGUCCAUGUGCUCAUCUCUCCCUAUAAAUUCUAAUAAUGUAGAGGUUCCAUAGGCUUUUGACCUUUCUGUUCAGUUUUGAAACUGGAAUAUAGGAUAAACUUUUGCUAAACAGAAACAUUAUGUCCAAAAACAAAUAGUACAAUUUAAAACUGCAUAGAAACAAAAUAUUUGCUCUUUGUAGUUUUUAGCUAUACUGUAUUUGUAUCAGAUUCUGUAUUUUUUUUCAUAGCUUUACUUAAAAUGAUUUGGACCUUUAAUUAUGGCUGGGUUUUU